GCGUUUUGUAACUUCCGGUUCAAAGUUGAGUACGCCCUCUUUAACCGGCCUGAAUCAACAUGGGACGAGUCAGGACGAAGACAGUCAAGAAGGCCGCCAGGGUCAUCAUCGAGAAGUACUACACGCGCCUGGGCAACGACUUCCACACCAACAAGCGGUUGUGUGAGGAGAUCGCCAUCAUCCCCAGCAAACCUCUUCGCAACAAAAUCGCAGGUUACGUGACACACUUGAUGAAGCGCAUCCAGCGCGGUCCAGUGAGGGGCAUCUCCAUCAAGCUUCAGGAGGAGGAGAGGGAGAGGAGGGACAACUAUGUGCCCGAGAUCUCAGCUUUGGACCAGGAGAUCAUUGAGGUGGACCCCGAGACCAAAGACAUGCUCAAGCUGCUUGAUUUUGGUAACAUCUCCAAGCUUCAAGUGACUCAGCCCGUUAUUGGCAUGAACUUCAAAACUCCACGAGGACUGUAGAGCCUUCAUACUCCUUUUGCUAAUAAAGACAUGUCAUUGCUGGGUGACAAUCAACCAUG